AUGGUCAACGCUCUUUAUUGUGCUAUGGUUGCUCAUUAUGAGGCUGCCACCAAAGCUCGCAUCCUUCAUCGGGACAUCUCAGCAGGAAACAUCAUCAUUGUAGAAGGAGGUGGUAUCCUGAUUGAUUGGGAAUUUGCCAAACACAUAGAUGAAAACGGAGCUAGGAUAUUUGAACGCACGGGGACCAGGCAGUUCAUUUCAAUUCAACUAUCCUGGGCGAAGCAAAACUUCCACAAAAUUAUUGAUGACCUCGAAUCCUUCCUUCACGUUCUCGUGUGGAUCGCGGCGAAAUAUGCGCCAAAUGAUAUGGACAUAAAAUUUCGCACGUCCCUCUUACGUGCCUUUGACGUUGCUGGUGGCGUCGAAAAAUACAAAUACAUGAUGAUGGGAACUUCAGCGAUACAUGACAUCAAGCUCGAGCAACCCGUCUUCACCAAGCUCCUGGUGACACUAUGGCUAGAAUUCGGCGGUCGCUACGAGUCGGACAGCUAUAGGUUCCUAAAGACACACGAUCCCAAGGCAGCUAACGAAUGGUUGGACAGGUUGGAGUCUCAUGACUGGAUGAUGACUACGUUGACAGAGGCACUCAAGAACGAAGAAUGGUCGUCUACCACAGACGACGGUCGAAUCAAACACCCGAUUAUCGAGUCCGAGAAGACACUUACCGGGGGCCAGAAGAAGCGUAAAUCUGAGCUUUCGGAGUACAAAAAGGGCAAACGUACAAAGCAAUAG